CACGCAGGGACUGAGGAUCUGAGAGGCUUGCGAUGUUGGCGACGGUGGCGAGGGUCGCGGCUCUGCGGAGAAGCGGCCUCCUUUCCCGCCGGGGCGGCGGGAGGGGGCUGUGGACCGGACGCCCGCAGUCAGGCACUGACCAUGUGAAGCCAUUGGAAGGUGUAAAAAUUCUGGAUCUAACGAGAGUAUUGGCGGGACCUUUUGCUACUAUGAAUUUAGGAGAUCUUGGAGCAGAAGUUAUAAAAGUGGAAAGACCAGGAGUUGGUGAUGACACACGAACUUGGGGGCCGCCUUUUGUGGGGACAGAAAGUACUUAUUUUCUCAGUGUUAACCGAAAUAAAAAAAGUAUAGCUGUCAAUAUCAAGGAUCCAAAAGGGGUGAAAAUCAUCAAAGAGCUUGCAGCUGUUUGUGAUGUGUUCGUGGAAAACUAUGUCCCUGGCAAACUGUCUGAAAUGGGCCUGGGAUAUGAAGAUAUAGACACGAUUGCUCCUCACAUCAUCUAUUGUUCCAUAACAGGGUAUGGCCAGACAGGUCCAAUGUCUCAGCGAGCUGGUUAUGAUGCUGUUGCCUCUGCUGUUUCUGGUCUGAUGCACAUCACAGGGCCUGAGGAUGGAGAUCCAGUUCGCCCAGGAGUGGCCAUGACUGAUCUUGCCACUGGCCUGUAUGCAUACGGAGCCAUCAUGGCUGGAUUAAUACAAAGAUAUAAAACUGGGAAAGGACUGUUCAUUGAUUGUAACCUACUGUCAUCUCAGGUGGCAUGUUUGACCCAGGUAGCUGCUAAUUAUCUUAUUGGCCAAAAGGAAGCACAGCGUUGGGGCACAGCUCAUGGCAGUAUUGUUCCUUACCAGGCUUUCAAAACCAAGGAUGGCUAUCUUGUAGUUGGAACAGGAAAUAACCAACAGUUUGCUACUGUGUGCAAGAUCCUGAAUUUGCCUGAAUUGAUUGAUGACUCCAAGUAUAAAACUAACCACCUUCGGGUUCAGAAUAGAAAAGAGCUCAUUAAAAUACUAUCUGCACGGUUUGCAGAAGAAAUGACCAGCAAGUGGUUGAAUCUCUUUGAAGGCAGUGGGAUCCCUUAUGGUCCAAUCAAUAGCAUGAAGAAUGUAUUUGCAGAACCCCAGGUACUACACAAUGGCCUUGUUAUGGAGAUGGAGCAUCCGACUGUGGGGAGGAUAUCAGUCCCAGGCCCAGCUGUGAGAUACAGCAAGUUCAAGAUGUCAGUGGCCAGGCCACCUCCCCUGCUCGGGCAGCACACGGUGCACAUCCUGAAGGAAACCCUCCUAUACAAUGACAGCACCAUCAGGGAGCUGCUCAGCGCUGGAGUGGUGACCCAACACGAAGCCAAGUGA